GUACACAGCCCAAGGUACCCUUGCAAGUCUAGACGAUGAGCAUCAUGGUAUCGUACUCAUGGAAGCGGAUUGUUGUCCAUGUACUGGCGUGCCUUCUCCUGGGCACCCUCAGCUCCCGCGUCCUGAGCACGCCUCACGUAUCGGCGGGCGUAAUCAACUGUGAUGCCAAAGUAGCCAUUGCCGUUUUUGUUCAUGAUCAAAACAUGGAUUCCAUUCUUGAUUCCGUGAAACGGUUCGAAGAUACAUUCAAUCACCAAUGCCGACACGAUCUGGUAUUCUUCAGCAGCUCUCCGUUAAGCGAGGACAACAAACAGGUGGCGGCAAACAGAACCAGAGGCACUUGCAUUUUUGAAACAAUUCCUGUUAAUCUUUGGAAAGUCGACCGCUGGUCCAGAAUUGAGGCAGAAUCGACAAGAGUCUCGUCCAACAACUUUGUUCUUCUCAACAACUGCAGUACUGCUGAAGCCGACGCAAACCUCCCCUGUUGGAGCUCAGUAUCUAUCAAGAGUCUGAAGCGGCUGCAGCAGUAUGAUUGGUGUUGGAAAAUCCAAGUCCACGAUGUCGGCAGCGUAAGUGGCCUUCGUUUCGAGGCGUUCAAAAUAUCCAAGGCUGUAGAGCCAGGACGGUCCAACGAAGCGUCUGUCCAGUCAAGAUUCAUCAACAGCGGUAGUUUAUCCGACAAUCUUCGAAGGGAAUCAAGUCGCAUGCCUCUUUUCGAGGAUGAUGGAACAGCACUGGGAUUAGGACGAAGCGACAACGGCAUACCCACGAAGAAGAGCAAGCAGCCAUCUCUCACCAAGUCCAUCAAAUCAUGGCUGAGCUCAACAACUAAGCGCGGCUAG